UCUCGGCCAUUUUUGUUGCGUCGACGUCAAGUGUGGCCAGGGGCCUCUCUCUCUUCGUAGCAGUCAGUCUUCAAGCAUCGUUUGUAUCAGAGUAUAGCGUCAGACGGAUACCGGUAUUACGACCGUUCGGAUCGACGACCGAGUUUCGUUCGCAGAUUGGCGUACAAUAAGUAAGAAAAAGUAAAAUAUAAGAAAACGAGAACGUUGAACUUUUUUGGCACGGUGAGAGAGAUACGACUAGGGGAGAGUGAGCUACACGAGAAUCUACGGCAGAGCUACGAAAACUACGCACCGAGGCGGAGUAAUAUGAGUAAUGCAGCCAACCAGAAUGGAUCAGGUCUAGAGCAGCAGUUAGCUGGUCUGGACUUGCAGGGUUCUCGCCAACCAAGUGGGGGUCGCUACGUUCCACCCCAUCUGCGUAAUAAAUCUGCAAGUAGCGCACCGUCAAGCGGUGAUCAACAUUCCAGUUCAAACUCUCGGCCACUUUAUUCUGAUAGAGACAGGGGUGGAGAUCGGGAUAGAGACCGAGAAAGAGAGAGAGAUAGGGAUAGGGGCAGAGCAGGGCCAGGGUUUAGAGAUUCGCGUAGUGUACGCGACGUCGAUUUUGGAAACUUUGGCAACUUUGGUGGACGUAAUAGACGUACCCCAAAUCAAGAAAAUGGAAGAGAUUAUAGAUAUUCAAAUUCCGACCGUGAUCGCCCGAUUAGUUCCGGCAAUGAUCGGUGGCAGGAACAACCUAGAAAUGAUCGCUGGCAAGAGAGUAGAAACGAUCACAGAAUGGGAAGCGGUGGUGGUCGAUGGAAGGAUGACAGAGAUGGAGGUAGAGGAGGAGGCAGAAACGAAAUCGAUUGGACGAUUCCCACAACUAGAGAUGAGCGAUUGGAGGUGGAAUUAUUUGGUACUGGUAAUACUGGUAUCAAUUUUAGUAAAUACGAGGAUAUACCAGUUGAGGCUACUGGCGAUGACAUACCACCACACAUCACAUCGUUUGAUGAGGUUAAGCUGACGGAGAUAAUAAAAAACAGCAUUACCUUGGCAGGUUAUGAUAAGCCUACACCAGUUCAAAAAUACGCUAUUCCGAUUAUAAUCGGACGACGCGAUGUGAUGGCCUGUGCCCAAACAGGGUCUGGUAAAACAGCGGCCUUUUUAGUGCCAAUAUUAAAUCAGAUUUAUGAGAGCGGACCCCAAGCGAUACCACCGCAGGGCAGUUCUGGAAGGCGUAAGCAAUAUCCAUUAGGUCUUGUGUUAGCCCCAACGAGAGAACUCGCUACACAAAUCUAUGACGAAGCGCGUAAGUUCGCAUACAGAUCGCGUAUGCGACCUGCUGUAGUUUAUGGUGGCUCAAAUAUAGUGGAUCAAAUGCGAGAAUUAGAUCGAGGUUGUCAUUUACUUGUUGCGACUCCUGGUCGUCUUGCAGACAUGCUUGGCCGUGGUAAAAUCGGCUUAAAUAAUUGCAGAUAUUUGGUAUUGGACGAAGCUGAUCGUAUGUUAGACAUGGGUUUUGAGCCGCAGAUAAGAAGAAUCGUUGAAGAGGAUACGAUGCCACCAACAGGAGAAAGACAAACUCUUAUGUUCUCUGCUACGUUUCCAAAGGAGAUACAGAUAUUAGCACGAGACUUUUUAAGCAAUUAUAUAUUCUUAGCAGUUGGUCGUGUUGGUUCUACGUCUGAAAAUAUAACACAAAAGAUUGUAUGGGUCGAGGAACAAGAUAAACGCUCGUAUCUUCUCGACCUUUUGCAAGCUAGCAGAUUUUCAGAUCCUUCCGCACUAACAUUGGUGUUCGUUGAAACAAAGAAAGGAGCAGACAUGCUCGAAGAAUAUUUACAUACGAUGGGAUAUCCAGUAACCAGCAUUCAUGGCGAUAGAACUCAGCGAGAACGUGAAGACGCGUUGCGUCGAUUCCGUGCUGGAAAAGCGCCAAUACUUGUUGCUACAGCUGUCGCUGCUCGUGGUCUUGAUAUUCCUCACGUUAAGCACGUUAUUAAUUUCGAUUUACCAGGUGACGUUGAGGAGUAUGUUCAUCGUAUCGGUCGUACAGGACGUAUGGGGAACUUAGGUUUGGCAACAUCAUUCUUUAAUAACAAGAACCAUAAUCUUGUACGAGAAUUGGUAUCUCUACUUGUCGAAGCUAAUCAAGAGCUCCCACCUUGGCUCGAAGAUCUAUUUGCGGAAGUACGUUAUUCAAGUGGUUGUUCUCGUCGUCCGGGUAGUACCAAAGGACGUUUCAGCGGUGGUUUCGGUGCUCGUGAUUAUCGCCAGCAACCGAGUGGUGGUUCUACACGCAAUAAUGGCCCUUCCAGUAGGCCAGGUAGUUAUGGAGGCGGUUACGGAGGAGGGUAUGGAGGGAAUUAUAAUUCGUCAUACAACAAUACCGCUAACAGUAGCGGUAAUGAUCCUGAUUGGUGGGGAGGAUGGGACAAGUCAUAAAUCAUUAUCGCCAUCUCUAUUUCCACUUCUACCAUUAUUAUUCUACACGCAAAUUCAAUUAUAUGUAAGGAAGACACGUACGACAUACACAUCCAAUAUAACGAGCACACGUUACUACGACGAACGCGUGCGUAUAUUCUCGCGUAUGUUAUAUGCAUAUACACAUAUAUAUAUAUAUAUAUAUAUAUAUAUAUAUAUAUAUAUGUACAUACGUAUAUAUACAUAUAUACAUAUAUCAAAGGACAGACAGUAUAUCGCGUAUAAUCCAUUCACGUUUGCUGACUGCCUGUGCACUCCAGUUUCCGAAGGAAAAAAAAAAGGAAAAAAAAAAGAACCCCGAGCAAAGUAUGUUGAUUGAAUUCCACAAUUACACAUUACAUGCACACACAUACAUACAUACAUACAUACAUGCACACACAGACAUACAUUUAUUCGUGCGCGUUCUCGUGUCUUAACAAAUCCUCGGUAACCGAUGUAAGAAGACUAUAUUUUGUCAUCGGAUAUCAAAGAGAUAAAUGCCGGUGCACACAUAAAUAAUUUCUAGAAAUAAUUAGAUAAAAUUUCUGAAUGAUCUCGGACGAAGAAAUAUAUAAUAUCAAGAUAUCCGCAACAAGUGUGUAGGAUUUGUUAAGCGCUAGUUAGAAAUCCAGCCAACGUCUCGUUGCUAUUGCGCGUCGACGAAUACAAGUAGUAUCUAAUCACUAAUAAAUCAAAUCGAUUGGUCGUUAAUGCCUGUUCCGAAGGUAACAAUGUAAUACUACAUAGUAGAUGAAGAAACUUAGUAAAAUUUUUUAGAACUCCUGUCGAGACUACGGGGCUCAUUGUAGCUUUAUUAUUUCAAUUCUUUGAGAGAGCGAGAGAGAGAGAGAGAGAGAGAAAGAGAGAGAGAGAGAGAAAGAAAGAGAGAGAGAAAGAGAGAGAGAGAGAGAGAGAAAGAGAGAAAGAGACAUGGUGGUGAAUGAGGAUAUUUGUCGAUAGACGCAUAGAGAAUACGAGCACGAUUGAUCGUUGAGAUACGCUCAAUAUGAAUGAAGAUGACUUUUCUCAAAGAUCAACUGCUCGUAUCAUUUAGUUUCGGUGUACUGGCAUUACUUUUGAUUACCAAAAUGUUUAUCUUUGGCGCCUGUGGUACGUCCAGCCAUUAUCGCCAUAUAUCUCAUGAUGAUUACUUUAUUAUUUUCUUUUGAUUUCUUUUUUUCUUAUAUGUAUAUAUAUAUAUAUGUAUAUAUAUGUUUAUGUAUAUGUAUAUGUAUAUGUAUAUGUAUAUGUAUAUUUCUUUUUAUUUUUUCCUUUUCGAACAUAAUAUAACUCAGCAACGAAUGGUACUUUGUUGUUUUGCCGUCCCCAGAGACAGACUACGUUGUGCCGGCAAUAUCACGGUUUUAAUCGAAUAAGCCACGUGAAGUUUUUCUGGGAAUCGAGAAACUCGAGUCCGGGAAAGAAUAAAUAAGUAAAUAAAUAAUAGGGUACGUCUUGAGAUACCUUUAGAAAUCUCAUUUCUAUAAUAUAUAUGUAUGUACAUUUUAUCAAGUAACUUCUCUCGUUAGUUGUUUCUAUACGCGUAGAGGAGAAGUAUGGAAGUAAUAUUUUGUAAAAUGAUUUUUCGAUCUGUAGAAUUUUUUCUUCUUUUUUCUUCUUCUUCUUUUUUUUUUUUUUUUUUUCUCUUUUUUUUUUCUUUUUUUUUUUUUCUUUUCUUUUUAUUUUUUCCUCUUUCCUCCCUAGUAUACCUCUUUUUCAUUGUUAUUUUAAACGAAAGAAUUAUUCUUAAUGUGUGCUUUGAUAAGGGGAAAUUAAAAAACCUCCCCGCUCCUCCUCUAACAAACAAACAAACAAAAAAAAAAAUAAAAAGAAAAAAAGAAAAUAUAAAAAAACAUGGUAUAUCCAUUGUACCAUGUGUACAUGAAUUUUAACAUAUUCCUACGAAUCAUUUCUAAACGUAACGAAGACGUUGCCCCAUGAGGAAAAAAACUGGUACGGUGUGUUAUACAAAAUGUUAAACUAUAAUAUGAUACUGGUUGCGAAAGAGAGCGAGCGAGCGAGAGAGAGCGAGAGAGAGAGCGAGAGAGAGAGAGAGAGAGAGAGAGAGAAAGCGCUUUAUAUGAGAAAAAUAAAGAACACUCUAAGGCGGGUAAAAUAAAAAUACGGUUGCAGUUACAGGGGUGGGGUUUAUAGAUAGAGAUAGAGAUAGACAUAGAAAGAAAGAAGAAGGAAGCAAAAGAGAGAGGGGGGGAGAGAGAGAGAGAGCAUAACAAAAAUGAAUGCACUGCUGGUUUAGCUGAGCUCGAGAAAAAAAGGAGCAGUAAGCCCCUUAAUUUAAAGAGGCACAAGAGACGCACUCAUAAUACCUAUUUUAUAACUAUAUUUAUCAGUACGAUAACGCGCUAUAUAUUAUACAUACUAAGUACUAUUCGUAAGUACAUAACAUUAUAAAAUAAUUGAAAAACGACUGUGAUAUCGAACGAUCUUGUGACAUUCAAUUUCCAAGUGAAUUGAAAGAAAAGAAAAAAAAAAUAAACGUGAGAAAGAGAGAGAGAGAGAGAGAGAGAGCGAACGAGCGAGAGAGAGAGUGAGAGAGAGAGAGAGAGAGAGAGAGAGAGAAAGAAAGAAAGAAUGAGAAAGAGAGAAAGAAAAUGAGAAACCAUUAAUGAAAAUACAAAUAUUAAAUGUAUUAAUUUAUCGGUAUUGAAUGUCGGGAAUGUAUAGCUCGAUGUGUUGUUCGAGCUGUAAAGUUGGAAUAUUAAGUCGUUACACUAAUAACACGAAGAAUAACAAAUGGCUGUUGUCCGAUUGGGGGAGGGCUGAACGCUAGCUCUUGCGGUCCCAAAGAGAGAUGUAUUUUGGGACAUUGUUUCUACUUAAAGUAAAUCGCGCAUUAAUAUGAUAGAUAGUCAAUGACACGUGUCGUGUCGUUAUUCAGCGUGAAUGAAGGCGAUUACGACUACGACGACGACGACUACUAUGACGAUGACGACGACGACGACGAUAACAAAGACAACAACGAUGACGAUGAUAACAACAACGAUGACGAUGACGAUGACAACGAUGACGGGAUAUAAUAUGAUCGUUGGUAGGGCUUUAUAGAUUAUCGAUAUCUUUUGUGCAAACACGUCGGAUUCUUACCUAAUCCAUGUAAGAAAAAGUACAAAUUCGAUUUGCGUGACAACUGACAGGAUUUUUAGACAUGUCAUACUUAUACUUGUUAUAUUAAUAGAUUUAUAUAGUGCAAUCGCGUGCGUGAAUCGUAUGCCGUGUGACCGUGGACCAAGGUGUGAAUGCCUCCAUGUGCGAGGGAACGAUGAUUAUUUCAAAUAGAACUUUUCUCAUAGUCUUUACGAAUAAUUCUUGGCUUCCGACCAUAUAUAUAUAUAUAUGUAUAUAUAUAUACAUGUAUAUAUAUAUAUGGUACAAGUGAUUUCAAAUUUCUCUAAUAAGAUUCGUCUCAUUGAGUAUAACAUAUACGUAUGUGUGUAUGUGUGUAUGUAUAUAUAUAUAUACACCCUCACACACACACACACACAUCCGUGUAUAUAUAUAUAUAUAUAUAUAUACAUAUAUUACAUUUGUCAGUUCGGAUGCCCUGCCAAGAAGUUUUUAAAAGAGGAGAAGAAAAUCCUCGCGUUAAAGAAAAAAAAAAAAAAAAAAAAAAAAAAAAAAAAAAAAAAAAAAAAAAGAAGAAAGCGAUCUAUACGUAUAUUAUAUGUCGCUUUAAAAUAAUUUUUACGACCCAAUGGAGUUGAUCGUUUUGAUUUAGUUCUGUGUUUUUCUUACUUUUUCUUUUUUUUUUCUUUUUUUUCUCUUUUUUUUUUUUCUUUUCUUUUCCUUUUUUUCUUUCUUUCUUUCCUUUGCUUAUUUUCUAUUAUAUUAUCUUUUUCUUAAUUUUAAUAAUCGUAGAAUUUUAUCGCUACCACCGUCGUAAUUAACUCAAUCGUUAAGCCUAUCAAUUAUUUUAUUUUAUCGCUUUUUCAGACGUUAUCACGCAAGGCCUGUAUUACGCCUGAUAAAUUCUAAAUUUUUAAAGAAAAAUAUAACAGUACGUUGUUUUACUUGGCGAGGGAAAGAAUCCCAUUGGAAUUUAUUAUCCUGAAUAUAUUUAACGUAUAAAAAGUACGUGUAUUUAUAUUGGAAACAUUAGAAAUAUAAAUGAUUCAUAUUAAAUUUAUGUUUACGUACUUAUAUGAUUAAUCAGUAAUAUCGAAGAUAAAGAAAGAGAUAGAAAGAAAGAAAAAAAGUUACGGCUAAACUUUUUGACUGCCAUAUAUAUAUAUAUAAAUAAAAAGAAAAAAAAAAAAAAAAAGAAAAAAAAAAGAAGAAACCCAA